AAUGGAGUUUAGAAAUGUCCCUCAGCAGAUUUAAAAAGAAAACUUCUUCUUGAAUCAGCCGAGGGAUAAUACUAUGAAUUUCCUGUUCUUGACAAUUCUGAUAUGAACAGAAAAACCAAGAACAGGGCUAUGUGUGGAUUACAGUUUUCUCUGCCUUGCCUACGACUGUUUCUACUUGUUACCUUUUGUCUUGUAUUAUUGUUCCAUAAAGAGAUACUUGGAUGUUCAUCUGUUUGCCAGCUCUGCACUGGGAGACAAAUUAACUGUCGUAACUUAGGCCUUUCAAAUAUCCCCAAGAAUUUUCCUGAAAGUACAGUUUUUCUCUAUCUAACUGGAAAUAAUAUAUCUCAUAUAAGUGAAAAUGAAUUAACAGGACUUCAUUCUCUUGUGGCAUUGUAUUUGGAUAAUUCUGGCAUUGUUUUUGUAUAUCCAAAAGCCUUUGUUGAAUUAAAACAUCUAUAUUUUCUAUAUCUAAAUAAUAAUGUUAUAAAACGCUUGGAUCCUGGAAUAUUUGAGGGACUUUCAAAUCUCCGUAAUUUAUAUUUACAGUCUAAUCAAAUAUCUUUCAUUCCAAGAGGAGUAUUUAUUGACCUGGUUUCAGUUCAGUACUUAAAUCUACAAAGGAAUCGCCUCACUAUCCUUGGUAGUGGUACCUUUGUUGGUAUGAUUGCUCUUCGCAUACUUGAUUUAUCAAACAAUAAAAUUUUGAGGAUAUCAGACACAGGCUUUCAACAUCUUGAAAACCUUGAUUGUUUGUAUCUAGAAGGCAACAAUUUAACAAAAGUACCAUCAAAUGUGUUUGGAGUACUUAAGAGUCUUAAAAAACUUUCUUUGUCUCAUAACCAUAUUGAAACAAUACAGCCCUUUGCAUUUAAAGGACUUGUCAAAUUGGAGUAUCUCCUCCUGAAAAAUGCAAGAAUUAAAAAUGUUACUAGGGAUGGGUUUAGUGGCAUUAAUAAUCUUAAACAUUUGAUCUUAAGUCAUAAUGACUUAGAAAAUUUAAACUCUGACACCUUUAGUUUGUUAAAGAAUUUAUUAUACCUUCAGUUAGAUAGAAACAGAAUAAUCAACAUUGAUAGUGAUACAUUUGAAAACAUGGGAGGGUCUUUGAAGAUUCUUCAUCUGUCGUUUAAUAAUCUUACAGACUUACAUCCAAGGGUCCUUAAGCCGUUGUCUUCACUGAUUCAUCUUCAGGCAAAUUCUAAUCCUUGGGAAUGUAACUGCAAACUCUUGGGCCUUCGUGACUGGCUAGCAUCUUCAGCCAUUACUCUAAACAUCUAUUGUCAGAAUCCCCCAUCUAUGCGUGGCAGAGCAUUGCAUUAUAUUAAGUGGACUGAUUUUACAAAUUGUGCUACAUCUUCGACAAAUGUAUCCAGAGUUUGGGCUGUAAAAUCUCUUCACGUUCAUCACAAGACCACUGCGUUAAUGACGGCCUGGCAUAAAAUAACCACAAAUGAGAAACAUUUGGAAAAUACUGAGACUGAGAAUGUUACUUUUUGGGAACGAAUUCGUACGUCACCUGCCAGUAGGUUUUUUCAGGAAAAUACCUUUGGCAAUCCGUUAGAAACUACUGCGGUGUUACCUGUGCAGAUAACUCCUCCUGUUAACUUGAACUUGGAAAAAAACAGUGCCCUACCAAUUGAUGCUGCAUCAGUGUCAGGGAAAACGUCUUUAAUUUGUACACAAGAACUUGAAGAAUUGAAUGAGGCUUUUGACAUUUUGCUUGCUUUUUUCAUCUUAGCUUGUGUUCUGAUUGCUUUUUUGAUCUACAAAAUUGUUCAGUUUAAACAAAAACUAAAGGCACCUGAAAACUCAGGAGAAAAUAGACUUGAAUACUACAGCUUUUACCAGUCAGCAAGGUAUAAUGUAACUGCCUCAAUUUGUAACACUUCUCCAAAUUCUCUAGAAAACCCUGGUUUGGAGCAGAUCGGACUUCAUAAACAAAUUGUUCCUGAAAGUGAGGCACAGGUCAUUCUUUUUGAACAUUCUGCUUUAUAAUUCAGUUCAGCUAAAUGCUGUCUUUAAGAAAACCUCAGUGCCAUGGACAUACAUAAAAUUGAAAGCCUCCUUAAAGAAUUACAUACUUUGUUUGCAAACAUAAUGAAUUAUAUGGUCUUAGUGUUAUUAAAGUAUAUGUUUUUAAUUUGUGAAUACUGUAUUCAUUCAGCAAAUAUUUUCUUUGAUAGGCACUGUUUUAAAGUAACAAUAAUAACAUUUCUGUUUACCAAGCGCUAUGCUUAACACUUCACAUAUCACAUAUAAUCCUUAAACAGCCUUGUACAGUAGUGUUGUCUACAUUUUACAGGUAAAGAAACCUGGACAGAGAGAAUUUAAUAACUGUCCCAAAUUCUCACAGCUUGUAACACUUUUUAGGUGUAUCUGACUCCAGAGCCCAUGCUUUUUAUUUCAUGCUGUAGUAAAACUGCUUAGAUGUUAGGAUUGUAAUUGUGAAAAACAUAGACAUGGUUUCUAUCCUCAGUAGAAUUUGAAAUCUAGAGGAGAUACGUGAUUACUGUACAGUAUGGUAAGUGCUGCACUUGGAGGACCUAUGGGUUUUAACAUGUGGAGGUCAGAGAUGACUUUGCAAAAAACAUGACACUGAAAUGGAUCAUAAAGGAAAAGUAGAAAUUAGCCUGAUGAAGAGAGCUCAGUAAUGGGUAGAGGUAGCACCAUUUUAGAAGGGUAGAAGAAAGAUUCUGCUUUUUAGGAACUAAAAGAAGUUCAGAAUGGCUGGAGUUGCAAGUGAUGGUGUAAGAUUUGAAGCGGGAGAGAGAUCAGUUGAUGAAGGAUAUUGUAAUUUCAUGCUGUAUUCUGAGGGUAAUGGGGAGCCAAUGAAGAAUUUUAAGCAAUGGAGUAACAUAAUCAAAUUUACCCUUUAGAAAGUUCACUCUUUUUCUGGAAGGAGAAGCAAGACUGGAGGCAGGAUUAUUUGGGUAAGAAUCGGAAUCCCUAAUCCAGGUGACAGAUGUGGAGGUCUGGGCUAGGGUAGUGGCAAAGAAGAUCUAUAGAUUCUAGAUAUUCUUUGGAAGUAA